AUGCCCGUGGCCCCCCUCCCCCCCGUCCCACUUUCCGCCCGCCCUCCACAAGCGCGCCAAUUCCUGCGUGAGAUCUCCUCGGGGCUGCUCUACCUGCACGCGCACGGGGUCAUCCACCGCGACCUCACGCUCGCCAACCUGCUCCUCGCCUCCGACAUGUCGACGCGCAUCGCCGACUUCGGCCUGGCGGCGCGGCUGCCCUUGCCCGGCGAGUCGCGGCUCACCGUGUGCGGCACGCCCAACUACAUGUCGCCCGAGGUGGCCUCGCGCGGCCCGCACGGUGCCCCCGCCGACGCGUGGGCCCUCGGCUGCGCGGCCUACGCCAUGCUGGUGGGGCGCCUGCCCUUCCAGGCGUCCGCCGUCCCGGCCACGCUGGCGCGCGUCAUGCUGGCGCGCUUCGAGCUGCCGCCCACGCUGUCGCCCGCCGCCCGCGACCUCCUGCGCCGGCUGCUGCGGCGAGACCCCGGCAAGCGGCCGGGCCUGCCCGCCGUGCUGGAACACCCGUUCCUGGCGGACGGCGGCGGCGAGGCGACGGCCGGGCCGAUGGCCGGUCCGCCACUCCGGCCGGGAGACGAGGGGUCGCUGGACAGCGGGAACGCCACCAUGACGGCGCCGGUGGACGAAGGCGACGACGAGAGGGAGGCGAGGGCGCCCGCGGAGGGAGACGGCGGCAGGGAGGGGGGAGGAGGAGGAGCGAGCGCGGAUGUCCGUGUGGACGGGCACCAGGCUGUUGCUCAACCACCAGCAGCGGCAGACUUUCUGCGGCCACAAGAGAAUGGCGCAGGCGUCGCCAACGGUGGCCGCACAGCGAUGGGGCUGGAGGCCGUCGGAGCUCGGCAGCACGAUCGGGCCCCGUCAGCGGACGCCCUCUGCCCGGCUCACCAAGGGAUCCUUAUCAGCGGGCCCGCCGCCCAACUGUGCGGUGGGCCGCAAUGUCCCCUGGCAAGGUGGCAGCCCGCUGAGGCAAUGGGCGGAAGGGGCGACUCCUGCUGUCACACACCUCCCCACGCCUGCCAAGCCUCCAGGUGCUGCCACGCUACCCAGAACUCCUCCCUGCUGCCGCUCCCCAGCUCGGUGCUGUCCCCGCUCGUGACCCCGCACUUGGCGUGGGGGAGUCCAUGCCACGGCGCCGUCACCACCGCCGGCUGUGCGUGCGCCCACGUCCUCGUGGCAGCGGCGGCGGCCGCCACCACCGCCGCCAGCUGCUGCUGCCGCUCGCUGCUGCCGAGCGGCACGGCCUGGCCCUGCGACUGCUCCUCCUCCUCCAGGCUUCAGAGGUCGGAGGUCAACAAAGGCAACGCCGGCGGCGGGCGGCCCGUGGCGGCGCGGCAGCUCUACCGCGGCAGCCCCUCCCGCGGCAAGGAGAACCGCGCCGACGCUCCGGUCCACGGAUCGUGCGCCGAGGAGAUCCGUGCGCCAGAGGUGCCGCAGCAGCAGCAGCAGCGUCCCGCGCCGGGCUGGGCUGCCGGGAUGAAGAGCGACCCCCCGCCCUGCGCCCACGGUGCCGCCGCCACCGGCGAGGCCUCGGCGGUGGCGCCUCAGCUGGUGGUGACGCCGCUCAACACCAGGCGGCUGCAGCCGUACCGUCUCGCCACCAGCAGGGCCGAGGUGAGCAUUACCUGCGCAGGGGAAGUCUGCAUGCAGUUUCUGAAGAGGAAGGAACAAAACGUGUGCGUUUACGAAAUACACUGGAUUUCGCCGGAUGGGAGACAGGUGUGGAUUUGCCAGCCGCCCGAUGGCACGUCACCGGCGGAGGAGCCACUUUGCAGCCGCGACUCGGCCGUCAGCUACAGCCUGGACAAGCUGCCAGGGCGCUACUGGCGCAAGUACUGCUACGCGUCGCGAUUCGUGGCUCUGGUGCGCUCCAAGACGCCCAAGGUGACGCUGAGCUCGGACGACGCACGCUUCUCGCUCAUGGACAACGGCCCCCCCGGCGAUCUGGAAGCGCGCUUCCACGACGGGGUCAAGGUUCUCAUCACGAACGGCUUCGUGAGCGUGACGGACGCAUCCGGACUCACCCGCACCUUCCAGUCUCCCUGCGACGCGUCCCAGCCGGACGGUGGAGGUGGCGGCGGCGGCGCUACGGGCGCCUACGUCCGGCGGUCCCUGCAGGCGUGGCAGCAGUGCCUGCAGCUCGAGGAAAUAAUCUCCCUGCAGGAGCAGAGCAGCGGCUCGGGCGCCAGCUUCUUCCCAGCGUCCGUCAGCCGGCCAUCUGUGGUGAACACCGAGCUGCAGUCCAGACCAGCGUUGGAUGGGAAUGCCCUGGAAUUGGGAUUGGCCCAAGCGAAUAUAUAGCAUUGCCUGCAUUGCGGGCAAGUGGCUCACUUGAGCUAGUCAUUUUCCGUUCAGUCGAUGGUCUGAUUUUAACCCUUUCCAUUCCGAUGACGUACAUGCAUGUCAUUAAAAACUGUUUUCCUUCCGAUUUGG